AUUGGCAUGGAGACAGAGUAUUCCAACCAGACCAUGGUCAGCUACUUUUACCUCGAAGGUCUGAUGUACAUUGCUGACCAUCCCAGCCUCUUUUUUCUCCUCUUCCUCCUCAUCUAAACCAUCACAGUGAUUGGGAAUCUCCUUAUUCUCAUCACUGUGGGCUCUGACACUUACCUGCAGUCUCCCAUGUACCACUUCCUGGGGCACCUCUCCUUCCUGGAUGCGUGUUUGUCUACAGUGACAGUGCCCAAGGUCAUGGCAGGCUUGCUGACUCUGGAUGGAAAGGUGAUCAUUGAGGGCUGUGCCAUGCAGCUGUACUGCUUCCACUUCCUGGCCAGCACUGAGUGCUUCCUGUAUACAGUCAUGGCCUAUGACCGUUACCUGGCUAUUUGCCAGCCCCUGCACUACCCAGUGGCCAUGAACUGGCAGGUGUGUGCCAGGCUGGCUGGCAUCACUUGGGCCAUAGGGGCCACACACUCUGCAAUUCAUACCUCUCUGACCUUCCACCUGCUCUACUGUGGUCCUCACCACAUUGCUUACUUCUUUUGUGAUAUCCCCCCGGUGUUGAAGCUGGCCUGUGCAGACACCACCACCAAUGAGCUUGUCAUGCUUGCCAACAUUGGCAUUGUGGCUGCUGGCUGCCUGAUCUUCAUUGUCAUAUCGUACGUCUUCAUCAUGGCAGCUGUGCUGUGCAUCCACACAGCAGAGGGCUGGCAGCGGGCCUUCUCCACCUGUACUGCCCACCUCACAGUGGUGCUGCUCUACUAUGUGCCCCCUGUCUGUAUCUACCUGCAGCCAAGCUCCGGUGGGGCAGGAGCUGGGGCUCCUGCUGUCUUCUACACAAUCAUCACUGCAGUGCUCAACCCUUUCAUUUACACGCUAAGGAACAAAGAGGUGAAGCAGGCCUUGGGAAGGCUGUUGUGUCAAGUCCCUGGAGAUCGCCCAGCAGGUGGCCAACCCCCAUAA